AUGGUGCUUCUGUCCGGGGUUAGGAAAGAGGACCGAGAAAGCCGGAGCCUCACCGCGGAGAAGCAACUGCAAGCAGGGUCCCUCGGAGUUCCAGGAGCCGAGAGUGGAAGGAGUCCCGACGGUAGCGGCAGGAUUGAGCCAACCAUCCCCGCAGAGCGAGCGCGCAGGGAGAGCCAAGGCGAAGAGGAGGAGGAGGAGGAGGGGGACGAUAAGGAGGAGGACGAGGAGUAUGAAGACUUCUCGGAUCUCCCGGACACGCGAAGCAUCGCUUCAGACGACUCCUUCUACCCGCCCCAAGAGACCGACGACGUGGACGAAUUGGAACUUUCCGACAGCAAGCAGCAGCUCAGUCUCUUCCGCGCUUGCUGUGCCAACAACGCCGCCGUCGUGUGGGCGCUCAUCCGGCAGGGGCUCCAAGAGGAGGACGUGAGGGAGACGGACCGCAACAAGCGGACUGGCCUUAUUGUUGCCUGUUACCAAGGGUAUGUGGAUAUUGUAAUAGCCUUAGCACAGUGUCCUCAUAUUGAUGUAAACUGGCAGGACAACGAAGGGAAUACAGCUCUAAUUACAGCUGCUCAGGCAGGACAUAUUAACAUUACGCAAUAUUUACUCAACUACUAUUCCGGUCUUGAUAUUGAGAAAAGGAAUGCAUUUGGAUUUACUGCACUUAUGAAAUCUGCAAUGCAAGGCCGAAGUGAAUGUGCCAGAGCCUUAAUAUUAGCAGGAGCAAAUAUUAAUGCAACAGAUCCAGGUCGUGGAUUUACUCCUCUAGAAUGGGCAUGUUUCACGGGAAGAAUAGAAUCUGCAUAUCUUAUACAGAGACUUAUGGAUAAGCCAUGUGCUGAGCAAUUUUGUGAUCAAUAUUUGCUUGAAUGGCCAAAGUUGAAGGAACUUCUUGCUAAGGCUGCAGAUUCAAAAACUUGCUUGCAGAAGAUCUCAGCAACUUUGAGAUCCAUUGUAGAUUUCAGAACUUUCCAUGGUCCUGAAGAAGAUGGGGUCCUUGAUCACAUGGUUAGAACAACAACAAGUUUAAGAAGCUCCUUCGUUGCCAUAGCUUGCAGAACUGUAUGUCCUGAAAGUCCUCCUGCUGUAGGAAAACGUAGGCCAGCUGUGCAAGAAAUUCUUAGGAAACAAAGAGCUAAAGAACUUCAAACUUUGGAGAGUGGGGAACAUUUUAACAGCUAUAAGAAGUUGUUUCAGAAUUCCAGAAUUAUACUAGUCUCCAAAAGGAAGGAACGGAGGGCCAGCCUGCAGCCUUUCCAUUUGAAUGUGCCCCAGGUCAACGUUGUGGUUCAUAGGAAAGCCAGCCUUUUACCACUGCAUUUGUUAAGAAGAAGCAGUGUUCGCCCUGGACUUUUCAUCCCCAGAGUCCGUAUAAGUAAGGCACCUCGGCCUACUUUCCAGCCAGAGGAAGUGCGACGGAAAAGUAAUGCCAGUGAUGGGACCUACUUGGAGAUUCCCAAAUGGAGAUAUAAGGAGCUGAAGGAACAAAGGAAGAAGGCUGAAGAAGAAAAGAAAAAAGCCGAAGAUUUACAAAAACCCACCUUACCAUCUCUUCAGAAAAAAAGAACUUAAGCCAA